CAGGGCUGGUCUUAUGCCACUGCAAAAUAUGCAGCCGCGCUCAUUCUAGAUAUUUUAUUAAAUUAAACCAUAUUUACAGUGUUUUCUGCGGCAUUCUCAUAUUCCACGGGCUCAUGGAAAUCUGGAAUUAUAAAAAUAUCCUGAAAAUAUUGGAUUUGCUAUUGGACAGAUUUUGUACUUUUGGUAGUGAAAAUCUUAACAAAUGGCUGAUGUAGUGCAAGACUUUACUCUUGACCUUAGAAAUGCAAUUAAGUUGGAAGUGCUACAAGAAACAAAUGAAACUAUUUCUACUACACAGCUUUUGUAAAACAAUCACAAUGGUCGAAUGUCAAUAGCUACAAUAGAAAAUGAGACUCAGAUAACUGUUUUGAAACAAAAGACAGAACGUCAGUUAAGGAAUGAUCCUCAUCAACAUUCUGUCGAAGAAAAAGUUUAUUUUGAUGAUGUUAAGCCUCUAAGAAAUAUCAAAGAUGAAGUGCAUUCAGAUGGCGAUGUGCCAGUAAGAACUAUCAAAGAUGAAGUGCAUUCAGAUGGCGAUGUGCCAGUAAGAACUAUCAAAGAUGAAGUGCAUUCAGAUGGCAAUGUGCCAGUAAGAACUAUCAAAGAUGAAGUGCAUUCAGAUGGCGAUGUGCCAGUAAGAACUAUCAAAGAUGAAGUGCAUUCAGAUAAGAAUUCUUCAACAAUAGGAAUCAAAGAUGAAAAACAAAAAUACACUCUCUUUGAAAACUCAGUGCAAUGUUUUCCAGCUAUUAAAGAAAACCCAGAUCAUUUGGAAACGUCUCAGCCUGUUUACUUAAGUAAAAAAAAACACCAAUGUGAAAUAUGCCAAAAAUUGUUUUCUACAUCUUCCAAUUUGAAUGCCCACAAAUUGAUUCAUACCCGUCCCCCAAAAAUGAUGGUUGAAAGAAAAACAUACCAAUGUCAAAUAUGCCUGAAAUUCUUAACUUCGUCCUCAAAUUUGAAAACUCAUCAGUUGGUUCAUACUGGUAUAAAAACGUACAAAUGUGAAGUAUGUAAAAAAGUGUUUUCUCAGUCGGCACAUUUGAAAACCCACCAAGUGGUUCACACAGGAGAAACUCCAUUCAAAUGUAAUGAAUGCCAUAAAGAAUUUUCUCGCUUCGCAGUUUUGAAUAGACAUCAAUUGGCUCAUGGUGGUGUCAAACAAGUCCAUUGUGAAAUCUGUAAGAAGCAGUUUUCUUGGCCACAAACAUUGAAAAGACAGCUGCUUACAAAAAUUCAUGUGUCUAGAAAACCAAGCAUAGUAUCCACACAGCCCCAAUGCAGUCACAAUUGCAAUGAGCAGGCCACAUCUGAAGAAAGACAACUUCUGCAUCUUUAA